UGCAAGAGAUAAUGUCAAGAUGAUACUGUUAUGGGUUACAUUGCUUGCUCUUCAUCAAGUAUAUUCACUGGUUCCAGUGAUCACAGUUCAACUUGGUGAGCCUGUGACUUUCACAUGUGCUCUGCCUAAUGUUGAGAUCAGUCACAGGACACUCUACUGGUACAGGCAAAGUGCCGGGGAUACUCUGAAAUUAAUUGUGACACAGCGGAAAUUUGGAAAACCAGAAUAUACACCAGAGUUUCCCGAGUCCAGAUUGGAGGCAAAUACUGAUAAAAAUUUCAUCAACCUGACCAUAAUUAGGACGACUCAAGAAGAUGAGGGAAUGUAUCACUGUACAGUCGCGGAGUGGAUUAGUAAUCCUGUAUGGAGUGGGACAUAUCUGUUACUAAAAGGAAACUCUCAGAAGACAUCAAACUAUGCUGUUAAUGGAACAAAACUGGAUCAAGGAACCUGCAUGUGGUCACAGACGGCCAGUGCAGUUAUAUUUCUGCUGUGUGCUGUCUUGGUUUUAAGUCUGAUUGUUAUAGCCUCCCUCAUUUGUGUCAUCAAGACAAACAAGUGUAACUGUUUCAACGCUGCUGUUGCCCUGCAAAACAGUGGAAUUCAGGAAAGUCAACGGAGAGAUGAGGACACGUGGCUUUAUUCUGCUGUCGUAUUCACCAUGAUGAAAACUGCCAGUUGUGAAAUACAGGAUGCAACAUCAGCAGAGAGAGAGAGGAUCUACGCUGCUGUGAAGGCUUUUGGUUUAGAUUAGUGAGUUACAUGUCUGUUUUGC